AUGGAUUGUUCCAAUUGCAUGGAGAAAGAAUAUAUUAAUGAAAGCACUUUGGAUUCGAUAUUCAAAGUUGGUUUCGGGAUUGAUCUGAAAUGCAUAGAAGGGUCAAGCAAAGAAGGGAAUGCUUUUAUGAAGGCAUUCGAUGAUGCGAACGAGAUGGUGUAUUGGCGUUAUGUUGACCCUUUUUGGAAGCUCAAAAGGGCUCUUAACAUUGGCAACGAAGCUGCCCUCAAAACCAACAUCCAACUCAUUCACACCUUCGUUCCCAAUGUUAUUAGCACCAAGAGGCAACUACUCUCCACUAAACUUUAUAUGAAUGUAAAAGAAGAUAUACUUUCGAGAUUUUUAGUGGAAAGCGAGAAGGAUCCUGAAACGAUGAAUGACAAAUACCUAAGGGAAAUAAUACUCAACUUCAUAAUGGCGGGAAAAGAUACGUCUGCUAACACUUUAUUUUGGUUCUUCUACAUGCUCUCUAAGAACCCUUUGAUUCGAGAGAGAAUUGCUCAACAAGUGAUGGACAUCACUGUUAGUGAAGCAAAAUACGAAAACGUUGAAGAUUUCGUGGCUACCAUAACCGAUGCAACCCUUGACCAAAUGCACUAUCUCCAUGCAGCAAUAACUGAGACCUUGAGGCUUUACCCUGUUGUUCCUGUUGAUGGAAGGUGUGCAAGGGAGGAUGAUAUUCUACCAGAUGGGCACAAAGUAAAGAAAGGGGAUGGAGUAUACUACAUGGCGUACGCCGUGGGUAGAAUGCCUAAGUUUUGGGGAGAAGAUGCCCACAUUUGCCGACCCGAAAGAUGGCUUCAAAAUGGGGUUUUCCAGCCUCAAUCACCUUUCAAAUUCGUAGCAUUCCAUGCUGGUCCUCGAAUUUGCUUGGGCAAAGAUUUUGCAUAUCGACAGAUGAAGAUAGUCUCAAUUGCAGUCCUUCGCUUCUUUCGAUUAAAAUUAGUUGACGAUAUGAAAACUAUUACUUACAGGACAAUGUUCACUCUUCUUAUGAAGGAGGGCCUUCGUCUUUAUGCCGUUCCUAGGGCACCUACGUAAAAAUGAGCACACA